GUUUCUGUCAGAGGUGGCUGCGACUACUCCGUGCCGUUAGUUUUAUUACAUGCAGCACAACUUCAAACACACUUCUGUCUGUCCUUCAACAUGUCGGCCAGGAACCCAGGGACCAAACUCGACCUGGAGAGAAUCUCCAAAGUGAAAGUGAACACACAGGCUGUUCUGAAGAGAGCACAGCAGAUCCAAGGACAGAAACUCCUGAAGAAACAGUGGCAGGCCGCCUGGCUGCUGAAGGCUGUGACAUGUAUUGACCUGACAACUCUGGCUGGAGACGAUACACCGUCCAACGUGCACCGACUGUGCCUGAAAGCCAUUCAGCCAGUCAGAAUCGACCUGCUCCGCAAGAUGGAUAUGCACGACAAAGGAGUGACCACGGCAGCCGUAUGUGUGUAUCCGUCUCGUGUGGCUGACGCCGUCGCGUCACUAAAAGCAGCCAACUCCAGCCUGCCUGUCGCCUCAGUGGCCACUGGUUUCCCAGCUGGCCAGACGCCAUUAGAGACACGGUUGCAGGAAGUGCGUAUGGCGGUGGCGGAUGGUGCCACUGAAAUCGACAUCGUCAUCAACCGCACACUCGCCCUCACGGGACAGUGGGAAGGUAUGAUGAUAAGAAAGAAAAGAAGUAAUAUUUUCACAUUAUCUAUUUAUUUGAUUUUUACAGUUUUAUUCUUAUAAUAUUUAUUUUAUUUCUAUUCCAGUACUGGUCCAGUGGCUCUGUUAGUUAUUUAUUUACCAUCAUGUACUUUAAGUCUGGCUCAUGGGAGCCUGGAGCUCUUUUAUCUCGCUUUUUUUACUUGGUUUUAAUUUUUUUUUUUUUCUCCCUAAUUAUGUUUGUCAUGUCUGCGCUUUCUGUUAGAUGUUUGUUAUUGCAUGCUUCGGUCUUAAAACUGGCAAACAAAUGUAGCUACAUAUACAAAUAAAGGGACUUGACUUGAUGACAAAGACACAGAAUGAGAAAGUAACAUUAACACUGGGGAAAAAAAACGCUGCUUUGCAAUUAAACUAUUUAAAGAGCCAUAAAAUGAAAUAAUUACAGUCUUUCACGGGCCGCUCAACACCAAUUAAGUUAGUUAGGUAACGAAUAAUUAGCAUUGGCUGAUUAUUAUUUAUUAAUUGGCCAAAUCAUUACAAAUGAUGUGUUUUUGUUCUCCAGAAACUCCGUCAUUGUUCCUAAGACACCAAAAGUUAAACUUUUCUUUAGUGUUUUGAUGAUCCUUUUGUCAUUUAUUUAAUAUUUAGUUUA